AGUCGUUCUCCACGUUUCUACAACAACGUUUCACUCUUGGAAGUCUUCAUCCUCCAGACUAGUCUCCAUCCUCUUGACUCUAGACUUCACUCAGAGCAAGUGCAAUGCAUAUCUUCACUAUUGGCAUACUGACUAUUUUCCUCCAUAGCAUUACAGAAGGAGGAAUACAGCAAUCCAAGUCAUGGGCCGAUUUUGAAUCCAUGAUGAGGAGAGGUGGCUCGUAUUGCUUGAUGCUUGUUUGUGAUUAUAACAAAGAUGAAGACGUGAAAAAGCUGGAGGUUUAUUGCGAUUAUUACAAAACUGUCAAAUGCUACUAUGGAUUGGAAGGUGAUCGAGAUCGCGGUCAACCACAAACUUCUUUCGAUAAACAUUUCCUGAACAAAGGAGCUCCUGCAUUUUUUUUCUUCAAAAAUGGUAAACAGGUAACAGUCCUUCAACACGAUAGUACAAAGAGCCCCUAUUCAGUACAAGAUGUUGCUGCGGCAUUCAAGAGCGUGCAGUAAUGUUUCACACGCGCGCUACAAUGUUUUAUUGGAACCAAAUUAUUAUUGAAAGAUCCAAUGUGGGAGUUGUUUGUUUGUUUUCCUACAGUUACGUUGAAAAGUGGCCAUUGCUGCACUGAUUACAGAACGCAAAGAAUCACUUUUCCGCUCUAGUGCGAGAAAAAUUUUUCUGCACUCCAGAUUUGCAACAUGGCAACGCAAAAUACUUAGUAGGUUAUAUGGAGCAACAGUGCAGCAAAAUCAAAAUAAAGUUGGUAACAGUGACUGCUGUGGCUGCUAUAGUGAGCAGAGGUGCAACCAAGCACAACGCGCUAAUUAUUAUUCAUUAUAUAUUAUAACCAAGGACAACGAGGACUUUAGGAUUUUAGGAUUAAGGUUUUUAUCAAUAAUAAAAUUACACAGAAAAACAUUUGAUGCAUUUCAGGCAAUUUUACCCAUAAUUACCCACUUUUCAUAUUCAAUGGUAACUGUAGGAAAAAAUUAAUGUGAAAUACGUGCGCAAAGUUCCUCUGCUGCACUCAAGAAACCAUAAACGUUUCUUUCGGUGCAGCAAACUGUCACUUUGCGCACUAGUUGCACAAAUAACUAUUGUGAUGCUCUAUAUUUCUCUUGGAAUCUCACUUCCAUUAAUCCAGAAUAGAGCUGUCUUUUUUACCUCUCCUGUUGAUCAUAUAUAAAUUAUUUUCAUUUAUUGCAAUGAAGGCUUUCAUAUUCCAUUGCUGCAGCUACAAAAACUGCUGAUUUCUAUAUUGCUAUAAUGGUUUAUUCUGUAAUAUUAUGAUAACUUGAGUACCUACUUUUCCAAGAUCGGAAUAGCACAAUGGAAACAGGCAGUUUUCAUAGCUGAAUAAAAGAAUGGGAGCAAUAAUUAUUAUUGUGAUGAAUGAAAAUAGCUUAUAGAUGAAAAUUAUAUUAUAAUAUUGGGUUUUGUGUGAAAUAAUCCCCUUUCUACUGUGUGGAAUGUUCAUUGAAUAAAUAAUCUAUUAUCUGGA